UUCCAACCAUACCUAUCACCCCGGUGGGAUAAUGCGCAAGAACUCAGUGCAGCUAUAGACGUCACACCAAGCAGCGACCGAACCAAUGGCGCGUCUAAGGACAGUCCGCGCCCCCACAACCGCGAGUCUUCCCAGCAACCUCCGCAUCCCCUCAACAACGCCAUCGCUGGUGAAGUCAUUCGGAAAGCUCUCCCGACAGGCAUUGCUGGACCUCGUGUUCUACUGGCUGGACGAUCGCAAUGUCCAGUCCUUCGCGCCAUUCCUGGAACGAGACGAAGCCGAAGGCGUGGACGACGAAGAACUCGGCCCGUACCCGGCCGAGCGGACUAUCGACGACGUGCGUAAUGCAUACCAGGAGCUACAGGUGCGAAAGGGCGGGAAACGAGAAGUGAUUGAUCGCAUACUCGAGGGCGACUGGAGACACGGUAUCACCUUGCGCCAGCUUGCGAUGGUUGAUCUCCGCUACAUGGAUGACCACCCGUCAAGUUUGCGCUGGACGGCGCUGGAGCUCACUCGCAUCGACGCAGAUGGAGCGCAAUCGCCCGAAACCGACGUUUCCUCCUAUAUUCCAUGUGUUCAUGCCUCGACCUUCCUUAAUAAUGUUCAGCAGCAAAUCUCCCCUCUGGUGAAAGCGCAUUACUACCUCGCCCGCUCUAAUACCUUGCCCCUCACUUUCCUUCGCAUAUUGGUGACCAAUUCGCCCUAUCAGCAUCCUCGCCAGCCACCUGAGAUGCUUACAGACUCGUCAAGAGUGAUAUAUGUUGCUUUCCCGGAUAGUUGCCCCUUCGUUUACACGUCCAUUGCAUCUUCUACGAGCUCCAAAGCCUCCUCCACCAAUGCGGUCGCAACAGAUGCCCGGAGUUUACAGCGCAUCGUGCGCGACGCCGUCCCGAAAGCGCUAUCUCUCCCUCAACGAAGAUACGCCCUUAAAGCAACGUCAUUGUCAGCGAAGAGUCUACAGGCACUAUUAGCGCUCCGAGGACCAGGUCGCUCGAACGGAGCGAAUGGCGCGUUCAGCAUAUUCGCCGAUGCCGUGGUAGAAGGGAGUCCGCUGGACCCACGACCAGCGAAUACAGUUUCCCCCGAGGAACUCAUGAACCAAAAUGAACCAGAGAAAAAUAAGAAUCAACCCCCAGAAGAUCAGAAAGAAAACGAAACACACCAACCAGGAAGAAAACCCCGCAACUCAGAAGACACCCACAUUCCGAAAAAGCGCAAGCUUGCCAUCCACUCGCGCUUCGGAACUUCUGGGUCUCUGUCAUCCGCGCCUCUGGACCGUCUUGACGUUAGGCUUCUGGACCGCCCUGAUGGAGAUGGAGAUGAUGAGGAUAGCGAUACCGAACACGCACAAGCGUCCCUCUCACUUACGUUUGCCGGCUCGGAUGUUAUCAGCGGGAUUCGUAAGCUCGCAGAACUGGGUGUCGUUGAUCCAGAGAGAAUGCCUUCCUGGAUGACGGGUGAAGAGGCUGUCAGCGUCGCGGUGGUUCGUGGGGGACGGCGUGUGAUCAAGGAUAGUGGAUGAAAUGGGAAAGUCAUUGACCUAAUGCAUACUUUCACGUUCCCCGUGACAUGACGUGACGAACUGGGGUUCACGCGUCUCUUGCGGCAGGAGUCGCUUUUGAGC